AUGGCUCCAAACAAUUCCCAGGGUAUUGAUCACAACGAGCCGUCUGAAGAGCUCGAGCUCCCACCUCUGCCUCAACCUUUGUCUCCAGCCAACACCACUGAAAAUCUUUCACCAAACGCAACAUUUUCAUCCUGGGUUAAUGCUCCAAAGGACUCUCCAUCCUCGGCCGCCAAUGAGUUCUUGGCUUUGACUGCGCCUCAAACUGGACCACACCGACAGCUCGGGAGAAGCGUGACAGGGAUAACAGUAAACAGCAUGAACACCUUCUAUGCUAUGCAGCUGCGAGACACCAACAAGACAAUUGAAUCCCUUCACAACAAAAACAACCGCUUGUGUAUGGGUGAUCAGGCCAAAUCUAACGAACUCAAAGAGAAGAUGACCAAGCUCCGACAAGAUUGA